AUGCAAAGGUGUACUAAUGAUGUCUCAUUAUUAUAUAAUAAUGGAAAUGAGUACACAGAAUAUUGUUAUCUUUCAGUUAUAGAUUCUACACACAUACAAACAAUUGCAGCAACAAAUACUUGGUGUCAGGGGCUUUGCAAAAAUACGUUCAAUAAAAUAUUCAAGAUAGGGAUUGAGGAGGCUGUUCACUCACUCAUUCGUCCAAGCUCAACAUCAAGUGAAGAUCCUGUAGAAGCUUGGGCCAUAUUAUAA